AUGAUCAUGGAUGCUAUAAUGGCGCUGGGUGGCGCCCAUGUCAGCUACAAGACCGGAAACCCGGCAUUGAGAGUUGCCACGACUAAGCAUUACUUAUCUAGCAUCCAAAGGCUUAAGUAUGCGCUGACGAGCUGGAAUCCUGGUGCGCCGCAGGACACGGUGCGCCUAUUGACUGUUGCCAUGUUGCUGUGUCAGUACGAAGCUGUCACAUGCAAUCGCCGCAGCAUUGCAUACUACCAUCUUCGCGCCAGUCGAGAACUUAUCAGCACAAUCUUUGAAGCUGGCGUGGGCAACCUCUCAAGCCAGCAGCACGAGAUCUUUGGCUUCCUGUUGGAGUACUAUACAUAUAUGGCCAUCGUGCGCAACAUCACCUUCGCACCCGACCGCCAGACAGAUGCGGUGGCAUCGGACUGGUUUGUUCAAUCUCUGCAGCACCUGCAGGAGUACCAAACAUUUGGCAGCAUGCUCGGGGGCUCCUCGGAGCUAUAUGAGCUCAUCCCCACCAUUCGCCUGCUCCAGGACCUGGACGGGGAGUUGUGGUCUAUAGCGUACCUUGAUCUGGAGGAGAAGAUUCUAAACUGGUCGCCGGCAAUGACAACACGAUAUGAUGCGCCAGCCUGGGUCCAAAGCUCGACUGCAAUGGAUCGCAUCUAUCGAAUUGCCAUGUUGGCUUUCCUGUACUCGGCACGGUACAUCAAAAAUGGCGACAAGGCCGAAUUUUGCCAGAAACUUGACCCUAUAAUCAUCGAAUUCCGCUUUCUAUGCCGUCAGCUGCGGGGAUCGCCAUCACGCACAAGGAUUCUGUGGCCCCUGCUGGUCAUCGGCUCGUGUCUCAGAUCGCCAGAUGAUCGGCAGAAAAUGUGUUCGGGCUUGUCAAGAUCCACGUACGACAUGGCCAUCACUCAGCGAGCGAUGGAAAUAUUGAAGAUGACUUGGGAGCUUGACAAGGACUGCAUGUAUGGCCCAGUGGCCUUGGAAGCCGUUAUGAAGAGUCAUGAUUUUUGCGUGAGUUAG